AUGCUGUCUUUUUAUACUUGUGUGUCCGAAUUUCGUAGAAUCAGUUAGCAUUUUGGCAGUUUUAUACAUUUUUUAUGUAGGUCAAUUGCUUUAUAUCUCAUGUCCAAUUUAUUGGAAAAGAAGGUUGUCAACUUGUCAUGAACUCAGAACUUCUUCCCUUUUUGUCUCUAUUCAUGUUUUGAACUUAGUAGCACUCAUUUAGUAUACCAGAGUGUGUAUAUAAUGUUGUUAUUUCAUGCACAUUAGCGUCUCAUACUUCUCUUACUGCAGUUAAAAUUUUAGAAUACACACCUCUGAACUAACUACGGCCUUUUUCAGAAGGCUUUGGAGAUUGUAAUAAAUUCUUGCCUGCAGAACUGCUUCUGUAAGGAUGGCAUUGGCAAGAAUUGCUAGGGCCAACCUGAGAAGAUCAGAGGGUGCUUUUGGCAAUUAUGCACCUGAGAUGAACGUACUGUCUGAGGGAAGAGCAUACACAAGCAAAUUCUCAUCAACAUCACCUUAUUACCAUGUAAAUUCCAAGGCAGGUGACAAUCUUUCAUAUAAUCCAAGCAUUAAGGAACAGAACUUGAUGAAUUUCUCAAUGAGGGGAAUAUCAGGAACUCCUUAUUAUCAGCAUCCUUCUGCCAGUACAGAGAGGGUUCUGGAGGAGUCCGAUUCGGAGCUGGAACAUGAUGAGCCAAGAUAUGCAGGACUAGAGGCAACAAAGCCAGGUGAGAAGCCAAGGGUGGUUGUUCUUGGAACAGGUUGGGCUGCUUGCAGGUUCUUGAAAGGGCUAGACACCAGAAUCUAUGAUGUUGUGUGUAUAUCACCUAGGAACCAUAUGGUCUUCACUCCUUUGCUGGCUUCAACAUGUGUUGGAACACUUGAAUUCAGGUCUGUUGCUGAGCCUGUCAGCAGAAUACAGAAUGCGCUCUCAAAUGGCCCCAGUUCCUACUUCUUUCUGGCUUCUUGCACUGGCAUUGACACAAACAAGCAUGAGGUGUACUGUGAGGCAGUUAAUAAUGGUGGAUUACCUAGGGAGCCUUACCAGUUUAAAGUGGCAUAUGACAAGCUUGUGAUUGCAGCCGGAUCUGAGCCUUUGACUUUUGGUAUCAAGGGAGUGAAGGAGAAUGCAUUUUUCCUUCGUGAAGUAAACCAUGCUCAAGAAAUUCGGAAGAGACUUCUCCUCAACCUUAUGCUUUCUGAAAAUCCUGGCAUAUCAGAAGAAGAAAAGAAGCGACUUUUGCAUUGUGUAGUUAUUGGUGGUGGUCCUACAGGAGUGGAAUUCAGCGGUGAAUUGAGUGAUUUCAUCAUGGGAGAUGUUCAUAAGCGCUAUACUCAUGUUAAAGAUUACAUUCGUGUCACACUCAUUGAGGCAAACGAGAUAUUGUCAUCCUUUGAUGUUAGCCUACGAAAAUAUGCUAUAAGGCACUUAACAAAGAGUGGGGUUCAUCUAAUGAAGGGUGUUGUGAAGGAGGUUCAUCCAAAAAGAGUAGUUCUGAGUGAUGGAACUGAAGUUCCUUAUGGCCUAUUGGUAUGGUCCACAGGGGUUGGACCUUCUGAGUUUGUGAAGACACUGAACCUUCCCAAGUCUCCCGGUGGAAGGAUUGGUGUGGAUGAAUGGCUGCGUGUUCCUUCUGUAGAAGAUGUGUUUGCCCUUGGGGAUUGUGCUGGUUUUCUUGAACAAACUGAAAGGCCUGUGCUUCCAGCUCUAGCUCAGGUAGCUGAAAGGGAAGGGAAGUUCCUAGUGGAGUUAUUCAACAAGAUGGGAAAACAAAAUGGAGGGAAGGCUUUCUCUGCUAAGAGCAUCCCUCUUGGAGACCCUUUUGUGUACACUCAUCUUGGCAGCAUGGCAUCAGUAGGAGGCUAUAAAGCCCUCGUUGACCUGCGCCAGUCAAAGUCUUCAAAGGGGGUCUCACUGGCUGGUUUUGUCAGCUGGCUAAUAUGGCGUUCUGCUUACUUGACACGUGUACUAAGCUGGAGGAACAGGUUUUACGUGGCAGUCAACUGGGCAACCACAUUGGUCUUCGGCAGAGACAAUAGCAAGAUCUAAUUUGGAACUUCAAACUUCAAACUUGACACCCCAUUCUACCUUUAAAGCACAAUCACUCACUCAAUUCUUUCCCUCUCUCUCUCUCUCUCUUUUUUCUCUCUGUUAUUAAGUCUUUUAAAAUUUUGAUUAUUUUUGCCUGGCAAUUUAUUAGUAUCAAAUAUAGAAAAUAAUAACUAAUUCUUGUCACAACUUUCUAUUAUUCUUAUAUUUUCUAGUACAUAAUCAAUUUUUUUCCUUUUUAUAAUUAUAUAAUGUGUUCAUUGGAAAUAAUUUAUUUAUAUUUUCCAUAAUUUCUACAAAGUAGAUAAAAGAAUAAGUUAAAUAUCUAUACCCAUAAAAAAGGCCAUGUCAUAUGAAAUUAACUAAAAAAUAAAUAAAUAAAUAUUGUACCCAUGUUAUUUUUAAUACAAAUUGUUAAAUUUUUUAUGGCAUAAAUAAAUUAAAAAAAAAAACCCCAAAUCAUGAGAAAAUAUAACAUUUUUACUAUUCUCCCCUCUCUCUCUCUCUCGCACAUCUCUUCGCCUUUAUCAGAGAGAAAUACCGAUUUGAGGCAUUAAUUUGGUAUUUUAAAAGUUCAUGAAUAUUAAUUUGAUUCUCAAAGAAUGUAUGAUAUUUAUAUCAAUUCGUUUAUUAGUUCAUUUUAAAUGGACAAGUUUUAAUUUUCGAAGUAACAUAAAAUAAAUUUUACCUGCUUGAGAAUUAUAUGAAUUAAUGCUAGAACUAGUUUUACGUGAUAACAUUUUAGAGAAGUAACGUAAUAAUGUAAUAUUAUCACAGAAGUCCUCUUAGAAGCAAUUUAAGGAUUGAAGGCACAGCCCAGUCCAAAAAAAAAAAAGGGAUUGAAGACACAGCAAGUUGCAGUUGAAAGAUUGAAAUGCGAUUGUUAGGAUACAUUUAGAUUUAUUCUUUAAGCAAAACAUAUAUCCAUAUAUCUGAUUCGCAGUGAGAAGAGAUUACAAACUAAACUAGACCAAUCCAUGGAGUAAGAAAACUAACUGAUGAUGAAUUGGCAGCUAUGUACAGAAACAAGUGGUCCCUCAUGAAGAAGAAUCGACACAGGGAACGAUGAAGGAGGAGAGAACGGAGAAGAGCGAGUGAUACAAAGAGACAACUAUGGCCACCUUUACUUGGCCCCUCUUUGGAAUCAGACGCCCCGCUUGAUGAUGAUUGCUCAUCCUAACAUCUCUUCUUCUCACCACCGCCACUUCCAUUUUCAGAUCGUCUUUAUCAUGUAACUCGCCACCUUAUAUAUUACUACAACAGUACAACACUUACUUCACCUUCUGCUUAUUUACAAUACUGCCCCCGUAUUUUCCGCUUAAUUACUUUUGUACUUUUCUGAAUGCACCAGCGGUUGCCGUCUUA